AUGGACACCGACAAUCUCGACGCCGAGAUCGCCGCCCUAAAGGCAUUGGCGCUGGAGGGUCGCGUCCAGGAGGCCCUGGAGGGGCUGCUGAACCUCGAGAAGCAGAAGCGGCUGGCAGAGGAUGUGGCGAGCACGACGGCGUGCUGCAGCGCCGUCCUGGACGUGUGCUUCCAAGGAAGGGACUGGAAGCUCCUGAACGAGCAGAUCGUGCUGCUGUCCAAGCGCAGGGGCCAGCUCAAGCAGGCGGUGCAAAAUUUUGUUCGUCAAGCUAUAGGGUACUUGGACAAGACACCAGAUAAGGCCACAAAGGUGGAGCUCAUAAAGACACUCCAAGCUGUGACAGAGGGCAAGAUUUAUGUCGAGAUCGAGCGGGCCCGGCUGACAAAGAAACUGGCGGCCAUCAAGGAAGCCGAAGGCAAAGUUGAUGAAGCUGCAGAGAUACUGCAGGAGGUGGCUGUGGAGACAUUUGGUGCCAUGGCCAAGUCAGAGAAGGUAGCUUUCAUUCUCGAGCAAGCCAGGCUGUGUCUGGACAAGGGAGACUAUGUCAGGGCGCAGAUCUUGGCCAAAAAGAUCAGUCCCAAGGCCUUUGUAGAUCGCCGGGGCACAACGGGUGACAUUGGCAUCGAGGGAACAACGAUCGAAGCCCCCGAUGAGGGUAUUCCAUCUCUGGAACAGCUGAAACUUGAGUACUACCUGACCAUGAUCCGAUAUCACGCCCACUUCAACAACUACCUUGAGAUAUGCCGGGCAUUCAAGGCAAUGUAUGAGAGCGAGGCUGUGUCCAACGAUGUUGAAAAGUGGAAGUCGUUGUUGAAGAAGAUCUGCUGGUUUGUCGUCCUUGCCCCUUCGCACUCCACUGAGGGUGCCUCGUCAUCGGAUCAGCUGACACUCCUGAACUCAACGCACCAAGACAAGAACCUCAUCGAGCUGCCAGCCCACAAGCAGAUGCUCAAGCAGUUCAUGAACAAAGAGCUGAUGAACUGGAGUGUCUUUGAGAAUGAAUAUCAUGAGGUGAUGGCAGAAGAACCUGAAAUUUUUGGUGGCGAACUGGGCAUGCAAAGGCUCAAAGACCUCAGGCUGAGGGUGACUGAGCACAACAUUCUUGUUGUGGCACACUACUACACACGCAUCACCAUGACGAGGCUGUCAGAGCUUCUCGACCUUCCUGCUGACGAGACUGAGAAGGAGCUGUCCAACAUGGUCGUCCAGAAAGCCGUGUACGCAAAGAUCGACCGACCGGCAGGCGUGGCGCGCUUUGGCUCGCCCCAGCGACCCGACCACGUGCUGAACAGGUGGUCCACCAGCAUCGCCCGUCUCUUGGACCUCGUGGAGAAGAGCUGCCAGCAGAUACAGAAGGAAUCUAUGCAAUACAAGGUGCCCAUUGGCUCCGCCUAG